UUCAUCUUGUGACUUGUAAACCUUUGAGUUGAUACUUGAUGUUAGUGCUUAAUGAAAUUUAACUUUAGAUCUAUAAAUUAUUAUAAAGGCGGACCUUUAAAAUAUACAUUAAUAAAUGUGCAUUAGAUAGUUUUGUUAGAAGACCAAUUGAUGUGAUAAAAAAAUACAUGGAGUAUCACCUAAGUAGAGAGAACAUAAUUAAGGAUACAUCAAAGUAUAUUAAUAGACAAUGGGUUUUUAUUUAUGUAGUCGUUAUAGAAUAAUUGUUCUUAUUCUUGUAAUUUUAAUUAUGUGGCAGAUUUAUGCUAAUUAUUCACAUUUUAUGUUGAAAAAAUCUACUACUACUUCAGCAAGUAAUAUUGUACAGUUAGAAGAUGAUUCAUAUAAUACACAUAAACAAGAUAAAGUUAAAGUAAGAGUGUAUUAUGAAACAUUGUGUCCUGAUUCAAAGCAUUUUUUUGUGAGACAUUUAGGACCAGUGACAGAGAAGCUUUCAGAUUUUCUUGAUGUCACAUUAGUACCAUAUGGUAAAGCAACUACAACUGAAAAAAAUGGACAGUACUAUUUUAAGUGUCAACAUCAAGAAGAAGAAUGCUAUGCAAAUAAAAUACAUGCAUGCAGUAUUGAUAUAUUAAACAAUAUAGUAAUAGCUGUUAAGAUAACAGUGUGCAUGAUAGAAGAUAACUAUGAUGCCGAUGGUGCUCUACAUAAGUGUUCCAAACAACUGAAUGUUGAACCAGAGCCCAUAAUCAACUGUGCUGGAAGUACGCAUGGUUCUGAAUUACUGAAAAAGUAUGGAGAUGACACACAUAUACUGAAACCGACUUUUAUACCAACUGUUACAUUAAAUGGUUCAAGGGAUAAUCAAGCUGCCAUACUGAAGAAUUUUCUUCUAGAAGUUUGUAAGUUAAUUGCUAUGCCCCUACCGCCACCUUGUUUGUGACAUUUUCGACUUAUUAGAAAUAGAUAUAUUGAAGUGAAUUAGAUGGAUAGAUAAAGUUUUUUAUACAGUCUGUCAAUUAAAUUUUCCAGGGCAUUAUCGCCUACACAAACUACAUGUGUGCCACUGUAAAAUUACUGCCAUUCUUCAAUGAAUGGUUAAUUAAGUAUAUAUCUAAUGCCACUGGUGCUCUAAGCCUAUUGAUGACCUAUUGGCCACACCAGUCUAUGUAUAUGUAUUUGACAGACAAUUUUUUUAAAUAAUUUUUAUAUUUUGAAGUUUUUCCAGUCAAAAAAUUUACAUUCAAUGUGUUGUAAUUUGUGAUAAGUUCCUAUAAAUGCUAAUAAUUAUAUAUUGUUUUUAAACAAGGUCACAAAAUGUGCAUUGUUUGAGUGAGGCUAUUAUACAGAUUUAAAUGGUUAUAGAACAAAAUUUAUAAAUUAUAUAAUUUGUAUAAAUCCAUUGCAAUUUAUUUGGUUUGGUUGUGAUAUUUUUGUAAGGAUCAUUCUUUUGUGAGAUAUUAUUUAAUUAUUUAGGGUAUUUUAUGAAACCUCCUAAAACUUGAAACAAUAGAUUAUAGAAGGACAUCAUUUUGUAUUAUUUAUAACUGAUUGAAAUUUUGAAAUAAAUGAAAUUUAAUCAU